AUGCGGCUAAGCUUGUGUAGAGUCUUCUCCGACACCUCACGCAUAAUCAGCUCAAACUCCCUCCACUUCGCCGCUCUAUCUCUCCUCUUCAUCUUACCCCUCUCUCUCUUCAACAUCAUCCACGCUUUGAUUCAGCCGCCAUCUACAUCUCCUUUCACUCCCCACCAAAUCAUACCCAAACUCCUCUACACCUUAGCUCUCCUCAUAUUCAACAUCAUCUCCGUCUCCUCUGUCACCCACAGCAUCUUCCAUGCCUUCCACAGAAACCCCAUCAAAAUCUCUUCAUCACUCAAAUCCAUCCUCUCAUCAUUCCUCCCUCUCCUCGCCACCAAGCUCGCCUACUUUGUAAUCAUCGUGGCCAUUUCCAUCGCCUUCGGAUUUUGCAUCGGUGUCGUCUACUUUGGCAUGAAUAUACUUCUAGGGCUGGAGAUUGGCCCCACCACCAAACCUUUCAUCAUGGCCGUGGCAAUGAUCCUUUUCGUCUCGCUGUACUUCUACUUGUGGGUGGAGUGGUGCUUGAUGGAUGCGGUCGUCGUUGUAGAAUCCAAAUACGGCUUUGCGCCGUUGAAGCGGAGCUCCACUCUCCUCAAAGGGAUGAGGCGUGUGGCGUUCGUGAUCAUCGCGCUUCCGGAAUUUAUGCAGGGGAUUAUAUUGUGGCGGUUCUUGGAUUUGGCGGGUGGAGCAAGAACGAGUGACGGCGGAUGCAGCGGCGGCGUGGCUAUUCAGAUGGCUGGUUGCGCUGUAUUGUUUACGGUGGUGACGCUCUUCGGCUUGGCUGCAAACAUGGUGUUGUUUAUCCAUUGCAAAGCGGUGAAUGGGGAAUCGGAUGAGGUGAAGAUGAGGCAGAUUUAUGUCCAGUUGCCUCGUGAUGUUGUUGACGAGGUCUAG